AAUGAUGUUGUUCCAUUCCUAGAAAGUGCUUAUGAUACAAAGAGAGAUCUUGAAGCUGAGCACAAUUUUCAACCACGUAGUUUCUUCAACUUUCUCAAUGGCUGGUUUUUCCAACCAGGGAAGUUCUCCCUCCAUGAAUUUGUGGAAGAAUAUCCGCUUGCUCGAGGAGAACCAAAAAGCAAAAUGGAGAAUGCCUCAUAUUUUGUUCACUUGAUGAGCUGGUGGGAACACAGGAACGAUCCAAAUGUCUUGUUUUUUUUCUACGAGGACAUGAAAGACGACUUGGAGAGCGCAGUCAGAAAGGUUGCAUCAUUCAUAGGAAUUGAAGACGAAGAAAAAAUUAAAAAAGCUGUUGAAAGAAGUUCCUUUGAAUUCAUGAAGAGCAACGGGGAGAAAUUCACUCCUGUGCGCGUUGCAAAAUAUAGAAAUAAAAUUUGUGGUUUUCCAGAGGGAGCCGUGGGUAGAAUAGUCGCCACAGGAUCUGCGACUAAAGGACGAGAAAUGAUGGAUGAGAAGACUAAAGAAAUGAUUCAGGCAAAGUGGAAUGACGUGGUUUGGAAACAGACUGGAUUUCAAGAUUACCAAGAGCUGAGAAACGCAUUCAAAAAGGAAAACGAAAAUAAAUAAAUGAAUAAAUGAACUAAAUGGAAUAACAUCUAAUUAGAAAAAUUAUAUUCUAUCUUAGCAAACCAUAAUAUGAAAUAAUUAAAUGCUAUUAAAUUAACGAUAAUUUGUCGGUGAUCAAAGAAUUUAAUCAACAAAUAAUAGACUGACAUAAGCAGAAUUUAUUUAAAAAACUUCUCGUUUCACGAAAUGGUGACUAGCUUUACAGUAGUUUGGUUAAAUUUGCGUAUGCACAGACUGACACGUCAAGAAUAUGCACCAGGGGCCAGUUGUAUAAAACUCUUUAAAUUUUUCAUAACUUAGAAUCAAAUGUGGUAUAACAACUGCCUAAAAUAGACAAAACACUUCUCGACCUGAGGGCCUUCGUUAGGAGAGUUAGUACAUUUUUCAGAGUUAACUUAUAAAUACACGACUCUGAUUGGCCACUUCUAUCCUUAAUUAAAAGUUAACUUUAUAGUCUUUAAUACAACUAGGGCCAGGGCAAAUCGUCCUUAUGAAUAUCGGUGAUUUGGUGUUCGUUUAUUAUUGUGUAAAGGCAAUCUAUUCUACUUGACUAUUCUACCCACGUGAUCAUGCUGUAUGAAGAUAUGCAGAUAUGAAGAGGUUAUGAUUGUUGCAAGAAAGCAUGAGAUGAAUAUUGAGUAGGGAAUGUAUGGAUUUGCAUACUUUUAAGGCUUCAGUGAUUCAAACAACAUACCACAUAUUGUAAAAUUGCAACACAGCGAGCGAGUUUUGAAAGCUUGACAAGUGACAGUUGUGCCACUGUCCCUUCUAACAGGCCUUAGGGAAUGUCUUUUGAGAAAACGCGGGCAGCUGAAAGCCCAGAAAUGCAACUUUUUAAGCAAAGAUUAUCCAAAUUUUAUUCAGAGCAUGGUCGACUUCAUGGUCUGAAUUUUAAACCGCGAUCAGACGAUGUGUUCGUUGUAACUUCGCCCAAAUGUGGUACAACAUGGAUGCAACAGAUCUUACACCAGCUACGAAGUGGUGGAGAUAUGUCAUUUGAUGAAAUCAAUGAUGUUGUUCCUUAUUUAGAAACUGCUUAUGAUUUAGAGAUAGACCUUGAAGCUGAGCACAACUUUCAACCACGAUGUUACAAGACCCACGCUUGGUAUCCCGACUGUCCCAAAGGUGCUAAAUACAUUGUCAUCUACCGUGAACCAUGUGCUUCUUUCAGUAGUUACUUUAACUUUUUGAAAGGCAGGUUUUUUCAACCUGGGGAGAUUUCCCUCCAUGAAUUUGUGGAAGAAAUUCAGCUUGCUCGAGGAGAACCAAAAAGCAAAAUGGAGAGCGCUUCAUAUUUUGUUCACUUGAUGAGCUGGUGGGAACACAGGAACGAUCCAAAUGUUUUGUUUUUGUUCUACGAGGACAUGAAAGACGACUUGAAGAGCGCAGUCAGAAAGGUUGCAUCGUUCAUAGGAAUUGAAGACGACGAAAGAAUUAAGAAAGCUGUUGAAAUGAGUUCCUUUGAAUUCAUGAAGAGCAACGAGAGGAAAUUUACUCCUGUGCGCGUAGCAAAAUAUCGAAAUAAAAUUUGUGGUUUACCUGAGGGAGCCGUAGGUAGAAUGGUCGUCACAGGAUCUGCGACUAAAGGACGAGAAAUGAUGGAUGAGAAGACUAAAGAAAUGAUUCAAGCAAAGUGGAAUGAGGUGGUUUGGAAACAGACUGGAUUUCAAGAUUACCAACAGCUGAGAAAUGCAUUCAAGAAGCAAAACGGAGAUCAAUGAACAAAUUAAACUAUUAAAAUGAAAUUGCAGCUAUUAAGCAAAGGUUGCUUUCAAAGAACUAUUCUAAGUUUCAUUCCAGUGUAAGGCCGUCAUCAAGGCCAAAGGAAGGUCAACAAAAUAUGAAUAUUUUAUACUCAGCUCAGCAUGUCUAUAUUUACUCGUAUAUAUUGUUAGAGGGACAGUUACGUUCAUUUGAGAGAAUUUUAACUGU